AUUGAAUUCGAUUUUCAAGCAAACGGACGUUCUCAAAAUUUCUAUAUCUAUUAUUACGCGUCGUGUGUUCUCAGUGCGCUAUAUCCAUACAUACUUAUACAUAAAUAUACAUAUGUAUGUUCGCAUAUCGGAACUUUUAUUUUCCGUAUUGACAUUUAAACUUAUAUUAUAUUGUCAUAAUUAACAUUUUAUGAUUCCCCGAUUUUCUUAUAUAUGUAUUCGUAAUACAUUGUUUUAAGUGAAUCCAUCCUAAUACAUCAUAAAUUUAAUUUAUUAAGGAAAAAUUAACAACGUUGGAAGGGGAAAUAUAGGCGCGCUGCAAAAUCACAGAGAUCGAGCAAUUUUAUACAACGCUUUGCUGACAAUUUAUUGCCGAAAUAGAUUUUCUUAAGUGUGCCAUCGCGAUGGCUGCUCCAGCAGCCUGUACGCGUUUUUCGGACAAUUACGACAUCAAAGAAGAGCUAGGAAAAGGUGCCUUCUCAAUUGUAAAAAGAUGUGUCCAAAAAUCAACUGGAUUUGAAUUUGCUGCAAAGAUUAUAAAUACUAAAAAGUUGACAGCAAGAGAUUUUCAAAAACUAGAGCGUGAAGCUAGGAUCUGCCGAAAAUUGCACCAUCCAAACAUUGUGAGAUUGCAUGACAGUAUCCAGGAGGAGAACUAUCAUUAUCUUGUUUUUGAUCUUGUAACUGGUGGUGAACUUUUCGAAGACAUUGUUGCACGCGAAUUUUAUUCAGAGGCUGAUGCAUCACAUUGUAUUCAACAAAUAUUGGAAUCGGUCAAUCACUGUCACCAAAACGGUGUGGUGCAUCGAGAUCUGAAACCUGAGAAUUUACUAUUAGCUAGUAAGGCAAAGGGUGCAGCUGUGAAACUCGCUGACUUUGGUCUAGCCAUUGAAGUUCAAGGCGACCAUCAGGCCUGGUUUGGAUUUGCUGGCACACCAGGUUACCUAUCACCGGAGGUAUUAAAAAAGGAGCCGUACGGAAAAUCGGUAGAUAUAUGGGCAUGUGGAGUUAUUCUUUACAUACUUUUGGUGGGUUACCCACCAUUUUGGGAUGAAGACCAACAUAGAUUAUACUCACAGAUUAAAGCUGGAGCCUACGAUUAUCCAUCGCCAGAAUGGGAUACAGUAACACCAGAAGCAAAAAAUCUAAUCAAUCAAAUGCUAACUGUGAAUCCAAAUAAACGAAUAACUGCAUCCGAGGCUCUGAAGCACCCAUGGAUUUGUCAAAGGGAACGUGUGGCUUCUGUUGUGCAUCGUCAAGAAACCGUGGACUGUCUGAAGAAAUUUAAUGCGCGUCGCAAGCUUAAAGGAGCUAUACUUACGACAAUGUUGGCUACCAGAAAUUUUUCCAGCAGAAGCAUGAUCACCAAAAAGGGUGACGGAUCUCAAGUCAAGGAAUCAACUGAUUCGUCUAGCACCACCCUUGAAGACGACGAUAUAAAGGAAGAUAAAAAAGGAAUCGUUGAUCGCAGUACCACAGUCAUAUCUAAAGAGCCCGAAGAAAUAAGGAUAGUGUGUCCUGCUAAAACUUGUCAGCAAAUUUCUGGAAACUCACAGUGCUCCUCAGCAGCUAGACGACAAGAGAUAAUUAAGAUAACUGAACAGCUGAUUGAAGCAAUAAAUAGUGGUGACUUUGAUGGAUACACUAAAAUUUGUGACCCCCAUCUAACUGCCUUCGAGCCAGAAGCAUUAGGUAACCUAGUCGAAGGAAUUGAUUUCCACAAAUUUUACUUUGAAAAUGUUCUUGGUAAGAAUUGUAAAGCCAUCAACACAACCAUAUUAAAUCCCCAUGUACACUUAUUGGGUGAAGAGGCCGCUUGCAUCGCAUAUGUCAGGCUAACACAGUACAUUGAUAAACAAGGACAUGCUCAUACCCAUCAGUCAGAGGAGACGCGCGUCUGGCAUAAACGCGAUAACAAAUGGCAAAAUGUUCACUUUCACCGAAGCGCAUCAGGAAAGAUUAGUGGAGCCACUACAUUCGAUUUUAUAUCACAAAAAUAGGAUGCAUAUAACAAUGGAUUGCAUUCAUCACACCAAAGAUAUAAAGUCUAGUUGUGCAGUUCAAACAGUUGAAUGUGAAUGUGCUACAUUCAUUUGCAGUUGACACAAAAUACGUGUCUUACCUAUAAAAAAGUUUACUGUAAAUUUGAUUAUUUGUCUAAAUUAAAUUUAAUAUUUAUUUGAAAGUUUUUUAUGUUUAUAUUUUUAAUCUUAUAAAUAAAUUAAAAUCGAUAAAAAAAAGCAUGCAUGAAAAAUGAAAGUCAAAGUCAAGGCUCAUAAGUUCCACAGAAAGUAUGACAAUUUUAGUGAUUUAACAUAAAAAUCAGUUUCGAAACAUACGAAUGUAUAAUGAAAACUACUUUUCAUAGCCAACAUAUCUGUGGGAGGAAAAUGUGUAACUGGAGAACAUCAUGUUUGUGAAUCUUAAUGUGGGAAUGUGUUUCUAAAUUGGCCUGAUUUGCUGAUGCAAAGUCGUACUGACCAUCAUAGACUUUGUUAAAUAGAUUAAUAUGUAUCUUUG